AUGGUCUAUACAGACCUCGGUCCCUCCUUGUUUCCGCCGUCGCCUCCUCAACACUCUCCUCUGCCGAACCGUGCACCUCGAUCCGACUCCAGCUCGACAUUUGGAGGUUCAAUAUCAGAGAUACUUUCCAAGACACAUUCAGGAUCCCAAGAAAGGCAGCGCAAUGGACCUUCUCCGACCUCGCGACCGCCGCCUGGACGACCCCAGCUUCAAGAGCAGUGGUCCCCCAUGAGCAGAGCUCGCAGAGAUUAUAAUGGUAACAAUGUUGAUGGGAGAAAUGGCAGAAGUAAUGCACCGCCAAGUGAAACCACUUCUGAAUCCCAACGUCCCCUUUUCAGGUACUCGCAUACGCGGAAGCCAUAUGUGGAAUCAGGAACGGGCCGCAACGAUGCAAAUGGGGGAAUGAAGGAGACCGGGCCAUUUCCGACAUCCUCAAGGAUAGGUAAUGCUCUAAAACAUCGGGCUACCGAGACUUCGACCGCUGCGCCAAGAACGAGGUCGUGGAUAGAGAGAUCCAAUACUCCUUCACAAUCCGCCCAGAGGAAUCCAAGAGGAAACAACCGAGAGACCCAAGCAGCGAAUCCCGCUGGACGAGAUUUUCCAAGACGAUCCCCGCAACAAUUCGGGACAGACAGAAACCCAAGCAAUAGGGUUGCUCGAGACAACACCUCAGUCUGGCGACCUGAGUCAGCGGGUACUUCGCAACGAGCGUUUGACCCACGAACCAGUGGGGACAGACGUGUAAAGAGAGUUUCCGAAGGGUCUGAAGAACCAACCAUUGCCGACGAAGAACCCGGUACACUGGUGGAGACCGAGCUUGGAGAGGAUGCUGAAGACGACAGGCGCAAGCGAAAGCUCGUUGGCGGCAAAGAUCGUGACAGGAGAUCUCGGCUUUAUGAAGUCGAGGAUGAGGAGCCUAUGCAGGUGUCCCGCAGGGCUAGGCUUCCAACUGCACGGCGCAGCGGUAUCUCUAGGGCAAGUUCGUUGGACUUUCAUUACGACCCCGAUCUGGCGGAUGAAUUUCCGGACGAAGCCAAGGCGAGGCGGAAGAGGAAGGGAAAGCAGGCGAACGCGAAACCGCAGACGCCAGCACGGCCAGAGAUCGCUCUCCCGGAGUUCAUCAGUGUGGAGAAGCUCGCACAAGGACUCAAGGUCAGACUACCAGAGUUCAUUGACAAGCUCGAAGAAGAGGGGUUUGAAGGCGCGAGGUACGACCACGUGCUGGACUCGAGCACAUCCUCCAUGUUUGCGGAAAUCUACGGCUUUGAAGCCGUCGUGAAAAGCAUUGAUGAGACUGGCGAUAUCUUCCCACGACCUGCAGCGGAAGAUUCCUCGGUUUUACCACCUCGACCUCCAAUUGUCACUAUAAUGGGCCACGUUGACCACGGAAAGACCACUAUUCUUGAUUACUUCCGGAAGGCGAACGUGGUAGCGACAGAGCACGGAGGCAUCACUCAACACAUCGGGGCUUUCUCCGUCACGAUGCCUGGAUCAGAGCGGAAUAUUACGUUUCUGGACACUCCCGGACAUGCUGCAUUUUUGGAGAUGCGCCGAAGGGGUGCUGUUGUGACAGAUAUUGUUGUUUUAGUCGUUGCUGCGGACGACAGUGUCAAGGCUCAAACGAUCGAAGCCAUCAAACAUGCCCGAGAGGCUGGUGUGCAGAUUAUUGUUGCAAUCAACAAGGUUGACAAGCCGGAAGCCGACAUUGAACAAGUCAAGCGAGAUCUGAUGCAACAUGAUAUUGUCGUGGAAGACUUUGGCGGAGAGUAUCAAGCCAUCCCGGUGAGCGGAAAGACUGGAAAAGGCAUGGGAGAUUUGGAGGAAGCUAUCCUCACCUUGGCUGAUGUCGCCGACUUCCGCGCUGAAACCGACGGACCAGCGGAAGGCUGGAUUAUUGAGAGUAAGAUCGGUGCUACGGGUCGCGUCGCCACCAUUCUCGUUCGUCGUGGAACUUUGAGACCAGGUGACUUUAUCGUCGCAGGCACCACCUGGGCUCGCAUUCGAACGCUGCGAAACGACUCGGGAGGACUGAUGGAUGCUGCACCUCCAGGCACACCUGUUCAAAUCGACGGCUGGCGAGGAGAUGAUCCCGAGGCAGGCUUGGAGGUGCUGCAAGCCGAAAACGAGCAACGAGCGAAGGAGGCGAUAGCAGUGAGAAAAGAACGCGAGGAAGCAGCUUGGGAGAUGGAUAAUAUGACGGCCAUCAACGCGACACGCGCAGAGGAGGCGGUCGCUCGAACCAAGGUGCUUGAAUGGGAGAAAGAACAAGGCUACCUGUCCAUGGGCUAUAAAAGGCGACCCAAGGACAAUGAAGGGUGGAUCGAGAAGGAGUCUUCUGGCCCUCAACUUGUCCAUUUUGUCGUCAAAGCCGAUGUGGCCGGCAGCACAGAGGCGUUGGUUGCUGCCGUCAGCGCGAUUGGCAACAACGAGAUCCGAGCCAACAUCAUUCAUAGCGGGACGGGCGGUCUGACUGAGUCGGACAUCAAAAUGCUGGCUGCAACCGGCGAAGUUGCUUAUGCAAUCUCUUUCAAUCAACCCAUUGACAACGACAUACGGCAACUUGCGGCGGCAGCUCGCAUUCAGAUCCUCGACCACAACAUCAUCUACAAGGUCACCGACGACGUCACCGAGAAGGUUAGCGCUGAACUGCCUCCCAUCGUGACCCAACGAGUCUUAGGAGAAGCCGAGGUGGGAGAUAUCUUCGACAUUAAAAUCAAGAAAGGGUCCAUGAAGAUUGCUGGGUGCCGGGUGACCAACGGGACGAUUCGUCGCUCGGAGAAGAUCCGAGUGUUGAGGAAAGGCGAGGUGAUUUACACGGGAACGCUCACCUCGUUCAAAAAUAUUAAGAAGGAUGUUACAGAGAUGCGAAAAGGCUCUGAGUGCGGGAUGGGUUUUGAGAACUGGGACGCCUUCGAAGUGGGCGAUCAGAUCCAGUCGUUUGAGGAAAUCAGCGAGAAGCGAGCCUUGCAUUAG